AUGGCGGGCGCGUCGGGAGGGUGUGAACCUGAAAUCUGCUUUCUGGAGUUAAACAGACUGCAAAUUAUUAUAAAUUAUAUACCUUAUCCUAACGUGCAGAGGCCUAGCUUAUUCGUACUAAUCGGUGGCGCAGCAAAAUCGGUUGCGCUACAACAGCUUUUCGGCGAAGUGCAUUUAUAUAUAGAUCCUUCCAGCAUAUUCCAUGCAAGGCUAGUACUUAUUGCUGAAGGUAACCUCCUCUUUAAGACUGUAAGGGGCAGGAUUCCUUCUAAUAAUCCCAGAGGUGGCGACCUAAACCGGAUUGCAAGCGGUAUCUACUCUAAGCUAAUUUUCCCAUUUACUAAUGUUUUCUGCUUCUUUUGCAAUAACCUAGAUAGGCUUAAGGAAGUUGCACGCUAUUUAGCUAAUUGGCUAGAACAAGGACACUUAUUAAUACUUCCUAGAAGUACGCACCCACGGGUUGUUAUUAUAACUAAGAAUAUCCCACCAGGACUGUUAAGAAAGGAAACGGCAAAAAAUCUAUUAGAAUAUAUCUUAGGGAUUAAUAUUAUCGCCCUUUUCCCGAGCGGCGCUAUAUCUGUCGAGGCUUGCUAUAGGACUUCCCGGAAGUAUAAUCCUGUAGCUGUAGACUUUAAAGAGCAUUUAUUUAAUUUCCUUAACCACCUUAAAGCGCCAGGCGAACUAAUAGAGUUUGCAGCCCCUAUAAUUAUAUCCAGCCUUCUCCUGGAUAAUUAUCCACCGGACGCUUAUUAUAAGGUAAGUAAAGGCAAAGUAAUACUUCUAAGUAGUUUUAUUAACUUGCAACCCCAGUAUAGCUUACAUUAUAGUUAUACUAUUUGCGAGAAUUGCGUACUAAUAUUUAGACUGCAAUAUUGCCUUCUUUGCAGAGCAGAGAUGCCUAAAGAGCUAACAGUAAAGAUUUACCCUCUAACGGCUGGGGUAGGAGUUCUCUAUAUUAAUAGGGGCGGUACUAGGGGAGCAAUACCCCUAAAACUAAUAAAACGAAUACAGGAUUGUAUUAGCUUGCUAAUCCUAUUUAUAAAGUUCUUUAAAGUGGCUUUUAGAGUUAGUUCUAAUUUCUCCCACGCAACUCGGGCCGGAAUCCGCGUCGGUCUGCCAGUAGCUACAGCGCAUAUUAAUCCGUUGUGUCGCAUUUUCACAAAUUACAACGGCGAAAUAUUCUUUCCGCCGAAACAUAUCCGCGACGUUGGCACUUUUCAAGAUGCAGGACCCCUUAAGAAUAACCCGCUAAUCUCGGCACUUUUAGAGGUAGCAGCUAUAUUCCCUUUUAUUAAAGAACCUGACUUUAUUGUCUCUUUAGGCACCGCACAUCCUAGGUACCAUCGGUUAAACAUCGAAUUUGACGAUACGGAGCCAAGACUAGAUAAUGCGCGGAGCAUCCCGGAAUUAAUGUUAAAAGCCCAAAAGGAUCCCUUACUAUGCGAACCAAUCGACAAUAUAGCCCGCUGCAUAAUAGCGUCCCUAUUUUAUUUUAAACUAGAGUCUAUUCCAGAGGCGUCCGACGGGAAAUACACAGGCUCCGGUCGAAUAUUAUGCUCCUUGCAAUACAGUAACCCGGCAUUCAGAGUGCUGUUUAAUCGACUUUCAAGCGUCUCCGCUCAACUUUUAUUAGACAAUUGCCCUUUCGCCGCAGUCAACGAUAUUUCUAGUUUUAGCAGAGAUGGAGAAUUUCAAAAACAUGUAUAUUUUUAUACCACCGAUCGAUUCACAAUAUCCUUAACGCAAGAUUUAUCGGAACCUUCUAACAUCAGCGGAUCGCCUUUCUCGAUACGUAGGUUAAUAUCCGCGCAAGGUUUAGACGCUUCAUUUGGAAGUCCUGACCAUAUGAAGAGGAAGAGGCUGGACUACUCUAAUAAUCCAAGGAAGAAAAGGUAG